CGCGGGGACCGGCUUGGGCUCGGCGGGCUCGGGCGGGUGGGGACGCGGUGCGCGUUGCCCAUCGGCCGUACUGGCCGCCUGGUACUCCGCGAGGGGCGUGUACCCGAGCCGCGCACUGGCGGGCUCCAUGUUCACCGAGCUGAGGUCAAAGCUGAGCCCCACGCGAGCUCGCGCCGGGGCUGUGCGUUCAGGCUUCGGGGAGCGCCCGGAUGUGGACGCCACUGCCCAUUUCAGCUUCUGCCAGACCCUCCUAGAGCACACAGUAUCAGCUGAGAACAUACCCUGCCACCUGCCUCGGACACCAGGCACCAGCCUCACCUGGCAUGACUCCCGCAGCCAGAGGGCAUCCAGCAGCAGGCCAAUCAAGCUCCUUCAACAGCCAGGCUCAGAGACCCCCCAGGCCCGGCUAUACUCUGAUCACUAUGGCUUGUACCAUACAAGCCCUUCACUGGGUGGCCUGACAAGGCCAGUGGUCUUGUGGAGCCAGCAGGAUGUUUGCAAGUGGCUCAAGAAGCAUUGUCCUCACAACUACCUCGUCUAUGUCGAGGCCUUCUCCCAGCAUGCCAUCACUGGCCGCGCUCUGCUGAGACUGAAUGCAGAUAAGCUGCAGAGAAUGGGGUUGACUCAAGAGGCCCAGAGGCAGGAGGUGCUGCAGCAGGUGCUCCACCUGCAGGUGCGUGAGGAGGGGCGGAGCCUGCAGCUGCUUAGCCAAGCUUCCUUCGGAAAUAUGUCCUAGCUGCUGCCUAGACUUGGACCCCAGACCCCAACACUGUGACCAGAGCCCACAGCCAAGGAUGAGGCAGACCUGGCCCUACAGCCCCUUUGGAUCCUGCAGGAUACCCUAGUGGCCAAACCUAGCCCAGUGAACAGGGAGGGGCAGGACUGCCACCUCCAGGUUCUUCUGGAGAGGCACUAUAGGUUCUGCCCUGUGACUGGGUGGGUGGUUGCUGCCUGCUUGAAGACCCUUCUUCUGGGAUCCAAGCCCAGGUCCACCCCCUGGUGCUGCUGGCAGCAAACAGGGCAGCUGCCUGGAGCAAGAGUGGGGUUUGAAUGUCCCCAGACUCCCAGGGAGUCUGUUUAUUUAUGUUCCCUCCAACAUGUGACCACCCCCCAUCUCCUGAGUCAGGAGUUCUCCCCUUAAGUCUUUUAAUUCUGUGUCUUCCCCAGCCACCUCCAGGUCAGCCACACAGUGGGACAAGCUUUUCUUGGCUCUCUUUCAGGUGUAUCCCUUCCCUAACCCACUCAGAGUAUAGCAGGCCCAACCUGUUAUCCACAGUGACGGUCAGCAGUCCAGCUAGGUAUCAUGCCAUGUGCUUCACUCAGUGAUUGUGAAACUUCAGCAUAACCUACCCACUCAUGACAAGUGAAGUUGAGAGGGGUCCAAGAUGCUCAAGCUCCAAGGCCAGUGUGUGGCACACCACAGACGCCAGUGCUGUUCAGGUAACUUCAUGUCCAGCCACCGGUUAAGCAAUGUUCUCAACCUUACCUUUGAGGAAGUCUUACUUUAAGCAUCUUCCCUAUUUCAUUUCAUGACUCUUAGAGACCACCUUGAAGAA